AGCGCCCUCUAGCUCGCUGCAUGCGUGUACUUCGUAAAAAACGUUCCAACAGUCCUUUUUCGUUUAGGCGGCUCACGUUUACGUGAAUGACAGAAGAUGAAGCUGAACAUUUCGUAUCCGGCGACUGGGUGCCAGAAACUCAUCGAAGUUGACGAUGAGAAGAAAGUGCGCAUUUUCUACGAAAAGCGCAUGGGACAAGAAGUCGAGGCCGACUCCCUCGGCGACGAAUGGAAGGGCUACGUGGUGCGCAUCUCGGGCGGCAAUGACAAGCAGGGCUUCCCCAUGAAGCAGGGAGUGCUGACGGCCGGCCGGGUGCGCCUGCUGCUUUCCAAGGGCCACUCAUGCUACCGGCCCCGGCGCACGGGCGAGCGCAAGCGCAAGUCUGUGCGCGGCUGCAUCGUGGACUCGAACCUGAGCGUCAUCAGCUUAGUGGUGAAAAAGAAGGGCGAGCAGGAGAUUCCCGGCCUGACUGACACGACCCUGCCGCGCCGACUGGGGCCCAAGCGGGCUAGCAAGAUCCGCAAGCUGUACAACCUGUCCAAGGAGGACGACGUGCGCCAGUAUGUGGUGCGCCGCCCCCUGGCCCAGAAGGAGGGCAAGAAGCCCAGAUCCAAGGCCCCCAAGAUCCAGCGACUUAUCACGCCCUCUAUGCUGCAGCACAAGCGCCACCGCGUUGCCCUCAAGAAGAGGCGCACCAUCAAGCGCAAGGAGGAGGCGGCAGACUACGCCCGCCUGCUGGCACAGAGGGCCAAGGAGGCCAAGGAGAAGAGGCAGGACAAGAUCAGGAGGCGCCGCUCGGCCUCGCAGGGACAGAGCCAGUCGUCGGGACCGGCUACGAAGUAGAUGUCCCCAAAUAAAGCCUAAGUCUGUUCAGCA